AUGAUCUCUGGACACACAAUAUUGAUGUGUACUAUUUUGUCAACAUCACGAUGUGCUAGACAUCUAGGUUUAGGUGCUAGACAUCUCGGUUCAGGUGCUAGACAUCUGGGUUCAGGUGCUAGACAUCUAGGUUCAGGUGCUAGACAUCUAGGUUCAGGUGCUAGACAUCUGGGUUCAGGUGCUAGACAUCUGGGUGCUAGACAUCUGGGUUCAGGUGCUAGACAUCUGGGUUCAGGUGCUAGACAUCUAGGUUCAGGUGCUAGACAUCUCGGUUCAGGUGCUAGACAUCUGGGUUCAGGUGCUAGACAUCUAGGUUCAGGUGCUAGACAUCUGGGUUCAGGUGCUAGACAUCUGGGUUCAGGUGCUAGACAUCUGGGUUCAGGUGCUAGACAUCUGGGUUCAGGUGCUAGACAUCUGGGUUCAGAUGCUAGACAUCUGGGUUCAGGUGCUAGACAUCUGGGUUCAGGUGCUAGACAUCUAGGUUCAGGUGCUAGACAUCUAGGUUCAGGUGCUAGACAUCUAGGUUCAGGUGCUAGACAUCUAGGUUCAGGUGCUAGACAUCUGGGUUCAGGUGCUAGACAUCUAGGUUCAGGUGCUAGACAUCUGGGUUCAGGUGUCUCAUGA